AUGUACACCAAGGCGGUCGUGGUGAGUACGCCGCCACUGGAGAGUGCUGGCUUUCUCGGCCCAACCAGCUAUCGCUCCUUGAUGAGUGAGGGGGUUGGUGAUAGUGAUCCUGGCGUUGCAGACACUGACCGUACAACGUAUACUAUUGAUCCGCGGCAACUAGAUCUGGGACUUAGAAUCCUGGAUUUCCUGGCCGAUAAUGCAAUCCUGGUGAGAGGUUUAGUGAAACAGGUGUAUCAGAUUGGGCGAACACCUAUUAUACCCGAAGUGCUUAUGCUACCCGCGCUGGAGAUGCUAUGGGAUAUCUUUGGGGACUAUAUUGCCCAAGAUGAACCAUCAAGGCUACGCACCGUUGUUCGCGUUUUCGAGAACUCCUACCAACAAGUCCCCGGCAAAUUGGCCAUGCAUGCUGGUGAGCUAUGCCACUGGAUCAGUGGUAAGAAUGUGAGGUGGGAAACCAUUGGCAGUAUAAUACAGAUUGCCACUAUGGGCUUGAUCCACACCCCCGAGCGUGAUGCUACCCGUAUUGACCCCCAACAGAGGAGCAAAGAUGUGGUUCUCGCCGAAAUGCUCGAGGUCACUGAUCAACUACUACCACUUAGCAAUGCACUACCGGUUGUCAAUCAACUUAUGGUCUGUCUGAAAUAUUAUCAGAUGAUGCUUGCCUCUCAAAGAUUUGGUGAUUCAAGUCGCUGGUUAUACUCGUCGCUUGGGGAGCUCUCUUCAUGUAUUUACGCUACGGGAAUUCAUCAGUAUGACAUCCCUACGGGACGGUACCCGGGGUUUAUUGACUUGUGGCGGAGGAGAUGCUUCGCUGUAGUGUAUUCUAUGGAUAAAACUAUUGCCACAAUACUAGGUCGACCACCCUCACUAACUCGACAUUAUUGUGUCUUGAAGCCGCCACUGGACAUUGAUGAUGACAUAGAUGCCUCGAAUUAUGAGGAGGGUCUCGAAAUGCUAGAUAGUAAUGGGUGGAAUGCUGACGGCAAACGACGCCCCUCUACUAUAGUUCGUCUUCGGUUCCUUCUGGCGACAAUACGAGAGGAGAUUCUUGAGCUACAUUUGGGGGUUAAUUAUGUCGACAUCGAAGGAAGGACAAGCAAUAUCUUGCAAAACCUUCAUUCAAUUUGGGAUACGUGCCCGAACCAUAUGAAAUAUUCACCAGACAUGUGGAAUGAACAGAUGCCCUGCCAAGACAUUAUUGCUCUUUUGUCCAUCUAUCUGGAUUAUCUUCACUCAAUCUUCUUGUUGCAUCGGUUUGCGGCCCAGGGAUGCCAAAGCGAAAAGCCCAAGGAGCUUCUUAUUGUGGCCAAGACUAUCCUUUCCACCGUCCUCGUGAUCAAUGAACAUCGAGAAAGAUCAAGAGAAGUCCGAAGCGACUUUUCCAGCAUUUUCCUACCGUACGGUCUCCCCAGUGCGGAGCUUCUUGCGACGGAGUUACUCCAAUCGUCCAAAUCAGUACUGAGUCCUACUUAUCCUAAUUUGCCUCGAGCGGAAAUAAUACGGGAGCUCACCCUCUACAUCUCCUGCCUAAGCUGGGUAGCUAGGCCCGGCAGUGGCAAUCUGGGAUUUUGCAAGAAGGUCAAGGCGAAACUGACCCGCAUCCUGGACCAAAUCCUUGACCCCUCGUAUGUCACGCCAGGCUCGAGUGUCAACGAUGCUGGAACCAGCAGCGAUGUUUCGUGGGCCUUUCCGGAACUCCUUGAUAACGACUUUACAAUCAACAGUUUACUUCACUCAGAUGAUGGGAGUAAUUGGGACCCUGGAUUUGAUUUGUUUUGUGGGCCUGUCUUCUAA